AUGCGGGCGCUGAGGGCGCUGCGGCCCCGCAGGCUCCUGGCGAUGGCGGCCGCGGCGGCGGCGGCGGCGGCCGGCGGGGUCCGGCGGGGCCCGGUGCUGAGCCCCGAGUGCAUGAACCCCGCCAUCCGCCGCGUGGAGUACGCGGUGCGCGGCCCCAUCGUCGUGCGCGCCACGGAGCUGGAGCAGGAACUGCGCAAGGGUGUCCCCAAGCCCUUCACCGAGGUGAUCAAGGCCAACAUCGGCGACGCGCACGCCAUGGGCCAGCAGCCCAUCACCUUCGUCCGCCAGGUGACAGCGCUGUGCCUGUGCCCGGAGCUGAUGAAGGACGCGUCCCUGCCCAGCGACGCCAAGGAGCGCGCCCAGCGACUGCUGGCGGCCUGCGCCGGCCAGAGCGUGGGCGCCUACAGCGCCAGCCCCGGCGUGCAGAUGGUGCGGGAGAGCGUGGCGCGCUACAUCGAGCGGCGCGACGGCGUCCCCGCCAAGGCCGACGACAUCUUCCUGUCCACCGGCGCCAGCGACGCCAUCGUGAGCAUGCUGAAGCUGCUGGUGUGGGGCUCGGGCUCGUCGCGCACGGGGGUGCUGAUCCCGAUCCCGCAGUACCCGCUGUACUCGGCGGCGCUGGCCGAGCUGGACGCGGCGCAGCUCGGUUAUUUCCUGGCCGAGGAGCGCUGCUGGGCGCUGGACGUGGCCGAGCUGCGGCGGGCGCUGAACGAGGGCCGGCGGCGCUGCUGCCCCCGCGUGCUCUGCAUCAUCAACCCCGGCAACCCCACCGGCCAGGUGCAGAGCCGGGAAUGCAUCGAGGACGUCAUCAAGUUCGCCUACGAGGAGAAGCUUUUCCUCAUGGCUGAUGAGGUGUACCAGGACAACGUCUACGCCGAGGGCUCGGCCUUCCACUCCUUCAAGAAGGUCCUGAUGGAGAUGGGGCCGCCCUACUCGGACUCGGUGGAGUUGGCCUCCUUCCACUCCAUCUCCAAGGGAUUCAUGGGAGAGUGCGGGCUGCGGGGCGGCUACAUGGAGGUGGUGAACCUGCACCCCGAGGUGAAGGCGCAGCUCGCCAAGCUCGUGUCCGUCCGGCUGUGCCCGCCCGUGCCGGGACAGAUGGUCCUGGACAUCAUCAUGGACCCGCCCAAGCCCGGAGAGCCGUCCUACGAGCGCUUCCAGGCGGAGAAGGAGGCCGUGCUGAGCGCGCUGGCGGAGAAGGCGCGGCUGACGCAGGAGAUGUUCAACCGCACGCCGGGGAUCCACUGCAACCCCGUGCAGGGCGCCAUGUACGCCUUCCCCCGCAUCGACCUCCCGCCGCGCGCCCUGGCCGCCGCCAAGGAGAAGAAGCAGGCCCCAGACAUGUUCUUCUGCAUGAGGCUCCUGGAGGAAACCGGGAUCUGCGUCGUCCCGGGAAGCGGCUUCGGACAGAAGGAAGGCACCUACCACUUCCGGAUGACCAUCCUGCCGCCCACGGAGAAGCUGAAGAUGCUCCUGGAGAAGCUCAGCACCUUCUACACCAAGUUCGUCAAGGAAUUCUCUUAACGAGGGCGGCCACGCCCCGGCCACGCCCCGCCUCUGUCACCUCCAGCAAUUCCCACCGGGAAUUCCCACCGGGAAUUGGGUGGGCUUUGGUUUUUUUCCGGGAAUUCCGGGGCAGGUCCCCCCCCUCCACUCCCCAAAUAAAGG